UCAAAAAAUCCUUCGUUAAAUUAAAUAAAACAUUUAAUUAACGAAAUAUCCGGAAAUUCAUUUCCAAUAUUCCAAGAUCAAAAUAUUUUUUUCGCGUUAUUUUAUUUCAUCCAAUUUUUUAAUUUAGCAAAGAUUACAUAAAUUCAAAUAGAAAUAAUUCGACGUCAUUCUGAGAUUAGAUAAAAAAAAAUUGGUGAAGGGAGCAGUAAAUGUUGGUUGCAUUUUCGUUUUUCCGACAUUUAACAUGGAUUGUUAUAAUUAUUCUGCAAAUUAAAGAAGAAAUUCUGAAAAGAGAAAUACAGAGUUAGCAGAUAAUAUUGGGAGGUAAAACAAGGAGGACAAAGGCGUGCGUUGUGUUGCGGUUGAAGUUGGUACUAUUGUCCUGUUCAUUAUUGUGAAUGUUGGACCUCUGUUCAUUGCAUCAAUCUGAGCUAUGUUGGUUGAUAUAUGUCAUUGUUGCUAUCACAAAUAAUCAAAACAAGAACCUUUCACCCAAGAAUAUUCUUUUGCUCACAAAUGGAGAAGGGAGAUGUGGGUUGUUAUACGUGGAGCAUUGGCGUAAACAUCAACUAAUACAGCCAAAGCGUAAAAUUGAGUAAAAAUGUUAACAUGUAUAACGUGCGCAAAGCAAACAGACGAUAGAGAAGAAGAAGGAAGAAGUGGGAAUAACACACCAAAUACUAAGGAAUCUGUUAAAGGCAUCACAGCCCAGAUAAAAGAUAUGGCAUUGAAAAUUUCGGGAACUUCUAAACAAUCGAAGCCAUAUACGAGUUCUAGUGAGUUUAGGCGACGCGAGAGAUCAUAUGUGGACUAUGAUAAUGACAGUGCUUCAGAAGGGGGCAGAUACUCUUACAUGCAACCUGGAAGCUCAAGCUCCACACCAGCAUGGGAUUUUACAAGCAGCACACACCAUCGCGGUGUAAGAUCACAUUCUAGGUUUGCUGGCGGGGGCUAUGGUGGCGACAGAAGUCCUAUAGGACGCGAUUCUAUUGCUGCUAGUGAUUUCGUUUUAGAGGAUGAGGAUGAACCCAAAGAAUGGAUGGCACAAGUCGAGCCAGGCGUGCAUAUAACAUUCGUUUCUCUUCCUAAUGGAGGAAACGACUUGAAACGAAUUCGAUUCAGUCGAGAUUUGUUCAAUAAGUGGCAAGCUCAAAGAUGGUGGGGAGAGAAUUAUGAUAGAAUCAUGGAACUUUAUAAUGUUCAAAGAUUCAAUAGAAAAGCUCUUGAGACACCAGCUAGAUCAGAUGAUGAGCCCAGAGAUUCCACUUUCACUAGAGUUGGAUCAGUAAUGGAAAGUCCCAUGACAAACAAGGAAUGGAUACCAAGAAAUUACUACCAACCAGCCAGUAAAUCAUUUUUUCAUCCUGAGAAUACAGCAACAGGUUCAAGUGGUUAUGGCAUGGGGGGGCCGAAUAUGGAUCCAUCGCGAAUAACUACCUCGUCUAGAGACGAUGAAGUAUCAGUUAGUAACGCGAGUGAACUUGAAACAGAAUGGAUCGAAGAGGACGAGCCUGGUGUUUAUAUUACCAUUAGACAACUUGCUGAUGGCACUAGAGAACUUCGCCGUGUCAGAUUCAGCCGCGAAAAGUUUGGGGAAGUUCAUGCAAAAACUUGGUGGGAGCAGAAUCGAGAAAGGAUACAAGCUCAAUACCUUUAACAUUAAUUUUUUUUUCUUUUUAAAAAAUUUUUUUUGUCUAGAGUUAAAUCUACAAAGAAGGCAAUUAUCUGGGUUUUGACUAAUAUAGUGAUUCCAGAAUCAAAUUACAUAUAUUACAAAGAAGAAUGUUUAUACAUAUUUACUGCAGUUGAACUUGAUAUAUCUUCUUUGUAAUGUGCUCAUAAUUGUUGAGAUAGUCCUUUUAGCUUGAUAGUUAAGAUGUAGGUAGAGGUGUUCGUUAGGGUUAUUGGGUGGAUUUUGAAAUUGGUGUUUCAUGUUCAGUUAUGAAAUACUGUAGAUGUAGACCUCCGGCUCUCACUAUUUGGGGAUAAAAUUGACUUUACUCCUCUGAUUUUCUCUUUAGAGGAGGUAUGGGUAUGAAUUUUCUGUUACCUCUUUUCACCAGACCCUUUUUUCAAAUGGUUUAUUGAGUCAAUGAUGAUGAUGAAAACCUCUGAAGAUGUUUAUCUCCAAAAAAAGGCUUAAGGAAAAAAGAGU